UAUGAACAUAUAUAAAUGGGAAAUGCUACAGACCCUAUUCACGAAUCGGGGAUUCCAACAUACGUGUUUUUCGCCUUUGGAUUUGUGGGCAAUGGGCUAGCUCUUGUUGUUAUUUGUUGCAACCGGGAACAUCAUCAAUGGCGAUCCUUCUACAUUUUCUUCGUAGGUCUAGCAAUGUCUGACUUUCUGAAUCAGGUGAUAGUAUUCCCAUUCGAAGUCUUACGGUAUGGAUCUAAUUUCAAUUACACUAUUCCCCCACAUCUUUGCAAAGUUGAGUCAUUUAUCUACUCUUUCACCCAAAUUUCCUCAGGCAUGAUCAUUUCCGGUAUAGGCACGGACCGAUACAUUUUUUUAAGUAACCAUGGACAACCACACGACACGAUGCUGUGGAAUCGCCGAAAAUAUCUUGUUUGUCUGCUGGUGAUAUGGAUUUUUUCGGCCCUUGUGUCAUCACUUCAUUUGUUUGUAGGGAAAAGCUCGAUCUUUUAUCCCGGGUCCUGGUGCUUUAUUGACGUGAUGGACAAGGGUAUUGGAUCUGUAUUUAGUGCCACAGUGUACGCUUUAACAGGGAUUGUGGUCCUUGUGUAUACUGUGUACAUUUAUAUCUGCGUCAUGUGCAUGUCGUGUAGAGACCCUGAACAACGCGGUAGACUUCUGGACGCAGACCGUGUAACUGGCUUUUACGACGUUCAUGUCAAUGUGUUCUUGGCAAUUUCAGUGACGCUUUAUGUCGUCUGUUGGGGACCAUUUUUGAUGGACAUAUUUUUACGAGGGAUCAAAGUAAUACCUGGUUGUCCAGGUAAACUUGAACUUUGGCUUGUUCGACUGAUAGACCUGAAGUCCAAUGUGAACCCCUGGCUUUAUGUAUUACUACGCAAGGAGUAUAUAAGAAGGAUCUUUGUUCGAUUUCAGUCAUGCCAUGAGGGGAAUAUUCAAACAGCGCCCCCUGAUGGAGAAAGCAAGAGGCUCCUACAGGAGAGUCAAAUAACUUUCUCAAAUCCUUCAAGUCAGUGUUCUAACUAUAUGCAAAACUGACUGAUCUUUACUAACUAUUUUCAUUAUUUAUUAUUUUUUAAUUUUUUUAAGCAAGAUUAUUAAGAAAUCAUCAGAUGAGGUAUCAGGGUUGAAAAUCCCACUGAUUCCUCUUAUAAAAUUGUGCUCAAGCAUUAUAUUAUUAGUACUUCCCAGAAAAGCCUAAUCUAAAUAAAAUUAUUUGAAAUGCAAAUUUGGAGAAGGGGGAAUCUUUUACAAUAAUGGACUUUUAAACUUUGCAGUAUCAUAUAAAAGACUGGAACACUAUCUCAAGCGAGAGUUACCGCGGGUUACUUCUUUUAGAUUUCGAUGAUGAAUCUAGAAAUCAGCAUUAUACAUCAAUCUAUUCAUCAAACGAGUUCAAAAUUUAGUCAAAUAACGAAAUAGGAAAAAUUUUGUCUCAACAGCUGAACAUCAAGUUACUUUUAUAAUGUACAUGUACAUACUGUAAAGAAUUUAUCAUAAUCACCCAAAUAGGCAAUAAACCUUACCAAUAGUUAAUGCAGCAUGCCAGCUAUAAAAGUUUCCGCGAUAGCCAGCAGCAUAGCUUAAGAAACGAAAAAUCAAAAGAAAAUUGAAACAACAAAAACUCGUCUUUUUUGUUGUACUAGCCAAAUAACAGGCAUUUACUGUUAAUGAAUAAUUAUUAUAAACCAUUUACAACAACAUACAUAUUGGAAAAUAAAAGCUUAAGCAUAACGCAUUCCAAAAUACCGGUAAAAUCCAAAGAUCCAACUCCGAACAUUUUUAAACUACUGAUUAUGAAGCAUUUCAUUUACUCUUUUUGAAACUAAUUUAUUUCUUUUAAACCACAUGGAAACAAAAAGUUAUCAUGCAUUUGUGAUUUUUACAUAACAAUCCUUUGAUUUAUUCAUGUUUAUUCGUAUCUUUUCUAGUACUGAGUUGCUCCCCCUUUUUCAUGGAAAAACAGUUUUAUUGCCCACAAGCAUGUUAUGAUUAAAGCUUUCACAAAAACUAUACGGGAGUAAGGAAUCAUAUUUACUCCUGUGCCUUCCUCAGAUCCCGUUAGUCUUUGGAAAAUACUAUCGUUUGUCUUUAGUUGGACAAAUGUGUUCUAAGUUUGGAUAAAAAUCUGAACAAGUUUUUGACCUCUAUAGUGUAAACACUUAUUAAUAGUAUUGCAUUUGAGAAAAUUUCUUGCGUUUUGGAGCUAAGCUUUGAAAUGAUGCUUAUCAAUAAAUACAAAUCAGAAAUAUCAAACAAGCACGUGUAAGAUACAUGUCUUUUAUCUUCAUCUGAACAUAGAAGAAUUUGUCCAACUCAAUAUAGCUUCUGCACAUUCACAGCUUAAAUAAAGACUUGCAUGGAAUGUAAAUCAAAUUCAAAAAUACUAAAAUAGAAAGAUCUUUGUUAAAAAGAUGUCAAGGACAUAAAAAAGAUAAUUAUGUGUAUGUAAAAAGCACACCUAACAGAAAAUAUGCUUAAUUCCCAGAGGUUUUCUUGGAAUAGUUUAUUUAGUCAUGUCUUUCGUAUUAAGGCUGCUACUCGUGCAAAAGUGGAAGCAAAUAAACAUGUAAUAGAAAGAAGAUAUAAUACUUGCAUAUAAAACUUGUAAUAAAUAUAUUAUGUCCUUUG